AUGAAGAUUGCCUACAUCCAGUCCAUCGGCGGGGCCAGCGGCGACAUGCUGCUCGGCGCAAUGGUCGACGCGGGGCUGUCGCUGGAGUUGCUGCGCAGCGAAUUGGGUAAGAUGCCGGUGGGUGGGUACCGUGUUGAUGCAGCCCAAGAGACUCGGUGCGAGGUGCGUGGCACCCACCUGAAAGUCCGUCUCGAGGAGCCCACUCGCCAUUCCCCGGCCGCACUACUGGGGGCCGUGAAGGACUCAUCGCUGGAUUCCUCAGUGAAGGAACGGGCCGCGGGGGUCUUGCGAUCCCUGUGGCGGGCGGAGGCACGGGUCCACGGCGCACCGGAAGAGGAUCUCGAGCUUGAGGAACUCGGCAGUGUUGACACGCUGGUUGACGUGGUGGGGUUUUGCAUCGCACUCCAGGAGUUACAAGUCGACGGGCUAUAUGCCGCACCUCUGGUACUGGGCGAGGCAUCGCCGCCUCGACGUCCGGGCGGAUAUUCCAACCCUGCACCUGCAACCCUGGAGCUGAUCGCCGGAUCGGGUGCGCCCGUGGUUGCCGACAGCGCGGUCCAUUCCGGAGCAGGAGAACUGACCACGCCCACUGGAGCGGCGCUGAUAACCUCAUUGGCUGAGUUCCUGCGUCCGGCCCUCUCAGUCCAGCGGGUUGGUGUUGGCUUGGGGACCAAAGACCCUGCGGGAUUCCCAAACGCCCUGCGGGUGUGGCUGGGGGAGACGGACGAAGUACCACCACCGUACGAGGGGAAACCAGACAUCAUCCAACCGGCCAGCGUGGUUCUGCUGGAGACCAACCUGGACGACGCGCCUGGCCUGGUGCUGGGUUACGCGCAGGAGCAGCUGUUCGCGAUGGGAGCCCUCGACGUGUGGCACACGCCGGUGCAGAUGAAGAAGAACCGCCCAGGCGCGGUUCUGUCGGUGCUGGUCCCUCCGCACAUGGAGCAGGCAGCGGUGCAGCUGAUAUUGCAGGAAACGCCAACUCUGGGCAUCCGCUCCAGGCUGGUUGACCGCUACGUGGCCGAACGCCACAGCGUCGAAAUCGAAACCGAGUUCGGCCCGGUCAGCGUCAAGGUGAAGUGGCUGGAGGGGGCAGCGGUCAGCGGGGCGCCUGAGCCCGACGACUGCCGCCGCAUCGCAAUCGAAACCGGUCUGUCGUUCCAGGAAGUUUACCAGCGGGUCUCCGAAACCGCCGGCGCAACUCCAUGGCUGAAGGACCUGGGCUACGCUCGGAUAGACCACCACCGUCCGCUUCGCACCGGAUCGCCGGAGGUCGUACUGGGAAAGGGCAAAACGCCGGAUCAGGUAGCGGGAAUCCUGUCGGCGCUCUGCGGACGGGGCCAUCCUGUCCUGGUGACCAAGACCGGACGGGAUACAUACGACUCAGUGCGAGAGUUGGUACCCGAGGCGGAGUUUCACGAACUGCGCGCUAUAGUCGUUCCUCGCAGAGCAACCGCGCGGAAAGGCCGGGACGAUGAUGUGACAGCCGGGACGGACGAACGCACGGGGGCAGGGGAAGAGAGAGGAAGGAAGCGAGCGACGUGA